AUGAAUAGUGUGGCUCAGUAUAGUGACGGCAGCAGUCGUGUGGCUCAGUAUAGUGACGGCAGCAGUCGUGUGGCUCAGUAUAGUGACGGCAGCGGUAGUGUGGCUCAGUAUAGUGACGGCAGCGGUAGUGUGGCUCAGUAUAGUGACGGCAGCGGUAGUGUGGCUCAGUAUAGUGACGGCAGCGGUAGUGUGGCUCAGUAUAGUGACGGCAGCGGUAGUGUGGCUCAGUAUAGUGACGGCAGCGGUAGUGUGGCUCAGUAUAGUGACGGCAGCGGUAGUGUGGCUCAGUAUAGUGACGGCAGCAGUAGUGUGGCUCAGUAUAGUGACGGCAGCAGUAGUGUGGCUCAGUAUAGUGACGGCAGCAGUAGUGUGGCAGCCCCACCAUGGCUCCUGUGA